CAUAGUAAGAACUCAAUGGAUGUUAUUUAUUAGGAAACUUAAAAUGUGCCUGGAAGAACAGGAGAUCAAGUCUAAUAACUUUGCCACUCUCUUUUCCCAGGUAGGAAGCUGGCCCAGCUGGGGCCUAAGUUCUCACGGUGACAGGGCAGAUAUGGGAAGUCAAUCUUAUUCCCUUCUUCAGUUCUCAGCUCCACCAAAGUACUCCUCUCCUGGAUGAUAGCUGCCAUUUGUAUAGCGUUGACUAUUGUGCCCAUCACUGUACCAAGUUUUUGCAUUUUCUCCUUUAAAUCCUCACAGCAACCAUAUAAAUCAGGAACCAUUUAUAUACUCAGAUGAGGAAACAGAAGCAGGCUGUUCCCCAAAACACAGCCGAACUGGCAGAGUCAGGUUUCAAAUCCAGCCAAUCUGCCUUUAGUGCCUGUCUCCUAACUACUACUUGGGGUGUCACUUGAGGUAUCAGGCUGAACGCAAGACUGAGCCCUGAGCUUGGCCCUGCCGCCCUCCAAGCUCGCUGCGGAGAAAGAAUGCACUUGGGUUGACGGCAGGACUACUUGGACGCCUUCCCUUGGGAAGAGGAGGAAGAUGCAGAUUAUCCCAGAGCGCUGGUUUGGAAGUCUGGAGUCUAUAAAUCCAGUCCAAGCCCACUGACUUGAGCCCUCUCCGGGGCCUCAAUUUCUCGGGAUGUUCAGCGGCCCCCGGAAAGCAGUUAGCAGUUCAGGCGUUUGGAGCGCUCACGUGUUCCUGUGGAUGCGGAACCUUUGACGCCGCAGCUCCGGGGAGCAGACGGCGCGGCCGGAGCAGCGGACCCUGUGGACCGAGGGGCGGGGCGGACGGGCUUGGGCGGGGCGGGAGGCGGAGGCGCCGCGUAGGCCGGGGAGGCCGGGCCGGCCCGGCUGGGAGCUCGAGCCCCAUGAGCCGCCGCCUCCCCCGACGAUGUUCCCCUCCCGGAGGAAAACGGCACAGCUGCCCUGGGAGGACGGCAGGUGAGCGGCGGCGGCCGGCCCGGGCCCCGUCCUCCCGGGUGCCGAUCCUUUCCGGGCCGCCCCGCGGAAUCUAGGAGCCCGAGGCCGUCGCGUCUUCGUCUCUGCGGGGCUCUCUGAGGGUCUGUGGUUCUCCUUGUGGGUCUCUCUCUGUAUUUGGGUCUCUGUUUGUCUCUAUGUGGGUCUCCGUCUCUACCAGUCUCCGUCACUCAGCAGGUCUGUAUUUCUCCGUUGACUUCCCUUUGUGAGUUUCUGUCCCUCUAUGCGAGUCUCUCUCAUUAUGGGUCUCUGUGUUUUUCCACUGGCCUCUAUUUUCAUGCCGGUCUCUGACUCCGUUGACCUCUCUCAGUGGAUCUCUGUCUUUCUGUUUGUCCCUGGUUUCAGAGGGUCUGUCUUCCGUCUCUCUGAUCUCUGCCUCCCCCAUCACAUCCCUGUAGCCUCAGACGCUACCCUCCCUCCCUCCCUCGUGCUUCCCCCUUCUCUGCAGAUCGCCCAGAAGAAUACACCAGACAGAAGCUCUGUGCUCUGCCUGGCUGGCCACUGCCUCGCCGGGACUAAGUACUCCCAGCGUAACAUUAGUUCAUUUCCGGUGCAGCUGUACUUGAAUGUGGCCUGCCCCAUGUGUUAGGUGUGAGGUUGACCCAGACCUUAGCUAGUGAUUACCACUAGAGCAGAAUGGGGGUGGGGGGUGGGGGAGAGCUAGUUGGCCGUUUAGAUUGGAAAGGGCUCCCACACUUCAGUCUUGAGAUGUACCCCCAAAACUCUUCUCACCCAGAACACUUGAUAGUGGAUCUACACCUAGUGAAUGAAACCUCUUUCCCUUUUCUCUGUUAAGUUUGCCAGGUGCCAAAAGACUUUGGAAUAUAGUGGGCACAACUCUUUAUCGUUGGGAAUUUUUCAGACUUGGUGCUGAAGUAAGAAGACAGAAAUAUAGUAGAAAGCCUGGACUGUGGAUUUAGGCCUGGACAGGAAUCCUCUUUAAUAGCCAUGUGACCAGAAGCAUACUUAAUCUUUCUCCUCAGCUUUUCCAUCUCUGAAACAGGGAUCAUAAUAUCUACUCUGCAGGUCUGUAUGAGGAUUAAAGGAGAUCACAUAUAUAAAACUGUUGACACUGUGCUUGGCAUAAAGAAGGUGCCAGUUUUCUUCCAGUUACUUUUGCAGUUUGGAGGUGCUGUAACCAGAGCAGCUGAGUAUUCAAACCUGUAUCACUAAGCUUUGUGUGAGGGAAGAAGGGGAAGGUUAUGGAGGAGAAUUUCCAUUUCCUAAUUCCUUUCCAUAAACUUUUGGAACACAACCAUGAUCCCACAAAACUUGUAUCAUUUCAUGCUUUUGACACAGGGGUACAGAGAUGCAUGCAACAGAUGCAGAUAAUGUAGCAAUUAAAGAGUGCUGGCUCUGGAAACAGCCUGUCUGGGUUUGAAUCUUACUAGCCUUGGACACAGAUUGAUGAAUGAGAGAAAACCUCAUCUGGUCUGCCUCCCCACCCCAGAAACAACGAUGGCCUGGGCCUGGUAGCAGCUGAGACUGCAGAUCUGGAGUUUGCCAGCAGGUGGCACCAGAAGCAACUUCUCAGUGUCCGCUGUCCUGAGGAACUGGGAUUUCAGCUCUGAAUUCAGUUGUUCAGUGAUUGGGCCCUUGCAGCACAGGAAGAGAGUGCCCAUGGGGACGUGAUCCUGGUAGGAAGGGAAAGCUGGACUGAGGGACCAGCACGUGAAAGUGCAUGGAGUGCCCAAUCCAUGCCAUACCCCUGGAUAAUUGUCACUGCUUCUUCCCCUGAAGGUGGGAUGUUUCCCCAUGUCCAUCUCCCCAGUCUCUACCCUACCCCAAGAAAGAACCCAGAGGGAGAAUCUGUAGAGGUUCCAGCCUUCCCAGGCCACUAGGAGUAUUGGCCUCUGCUCCUCCCCCGCGGAAACCCCCACCACAGGACAAGGGGGGCAAGCCCUCUGCUGUAUGAUUUGUGCUAGAGCCACAGCUGUGAAUCUGAUGACCUGUGAAGAAGACAAGCACGGACACAGGUCCAGGCUGAUCCCCAGCGGCCUCCCCCGGAAAUGCUCCGUCUUCCACCUCUUUGUUGCCUGUCUCUUACUGGGCUUCCUCUCCCUGCUCUGGCUGCAGCUCAGCUGCUCUGGGGACGUGGCCCGGGCAGCCAGGGGACAAGCACAGGAGACCCCGGGCCCAUCCCGGGCCUGCCCACCAGAGCCACCCCCUGAGCACUGGGAAGAAGAUGAAUCAUGGGGUCCCCACCGCCUGGCAGUGCUGGUGCCCUUUCGAGAACGCUUCGAGGAGCUACUGGUCUUUGUGCCCCACAUGCACCGCUUCCUGAGCAGGAAGAAGAUCCAGCACCACAUCUAUGUGCUCAACCAGGUGGAUCAUUUCAGCCUCGGUGCCCUGCACAGGUUCAACCGGGCAGCACUCAUCAACGCGGGCUUUCUGGAGAGCAGCAACAGCACAGACUACAUCGCCAUGCACGACGUGGACCUGCUCCCUCUCAAUGAGGAGCUGGACUAUGGCUUCCCAGAGACCGGGCCCUUCCACGUGGCCUCCCCGGAGCUCCACCCACUCUACCACUACAAGACCUACGUCGGUGGCAUCCUGCUGCUUUCCAAGCAGCACUACCAGCUGUGCAACGGGAUGUCCAACCGCUUCUGGGGCUGGGGCCGUGAGGACGACGAGUUCUACCGGCGCAUCAAAGGAGCCGGGCUCCAGCUUUUCCGCCCCUCGGGAAUCACAACUGGGUACAAGACAUUUCGCCACCUGCAUGACCCAGCCUGGAGGAAGAGGGACCAGAAGCGCAUCGCGGCUCAAAAACAGGAGCAGUUCAGGGUGGACCGGGAGGGAGGCCUGAGCACCGUGAAGUACCGCGUGGAUUCCCGUACAGCCCUGUCUGUGGGCGGGGCCCCCUGCACUGUUCUCAACAUCAUGUUGGACUGUGACAAGGCUGCCACCCCCUGGUGCACAUUCAGCUGAGUUGGCUGGACAGCAAGGAAGCCUGUGCCUACAGGCCAUACUGCUACUCAAGCCCAGGACAAAGCCUCAGGCCCUGGGCCCAGCUCCAAUAGGACGUGGAGUGGCCUGAAGCAGUGGACAGCAAGCCACGUGUUUGCAGCAGCCCGGCCCCCAGAGGCAGGCUUGAGCCAGGAGAGGACACACGCAGGGUGCCUGGGACGCUGCCAGCAGUAAACAGUGAUGGAGAGAGGCUGGGACAUGGUUUCCAACUGAGACUCUCCACUCUGCCUUCCUGCUUGCCCUGCCCUACCUUCCUUUGUGUGCUGAGAUCUGCAAGAUCUUGUUCCUUCUCCUGGACUGCCAGGCCACUGAUGUGGGUGGCAAGGGCCAUCAGGAGGGUUAAAACUGCAGAGACCAGUGUGCAAGCCCCACAGAAAGGGAGCAGCUGAGACCAGCUCUAGCUGGUUGUCACCCUGAAGGAGUGUGGGCCUGGUGUUGCCAGAUCUUCUGAUUUUUCAAAAGAAAGUAGAAUUCUGGA